ACUUCCGGUAUACAAACUGAUGAAAAUAUGUUCAGCUCUAAUUUGUAAGUUAGCAUGUAAGAAAAUAAAUGCUAUUCGAAUAUUUUGCGAUAUGGUGCCUGCAGCAUAAACAUACGAUGUUAGCGUUAAGCGAGUAAAAGCUGAAAUAAGUGAUCGCAUUAAUCAUAUACAUUAGACCACACGCUGUUGUAGCUGUAGCCAUUUUAUCAUACGGGUGAAUACAUCCAGUACCUGCAGAAAUUGAAUUAAUGGACUAUUACUUGGGUAACUGGAGAUCUCUUGUGGACGAAAUUGAGAAAGACAGCAGAGAUGAACAGCAUUUGACAACCGCAAUUCAGUGGUAUGAAAAUGAGGCAUCAUCUAGAUAUGGCUGCCAACCACAAUGGAAUGAGUUACUGACAUGUUUGCUUCACAAGGAACCUGUAAUCAAAAAUGGAGUGCUUGAAUUUGAUCCAGUUUUCCACCUGCUUAACCCUGGAUUACAGUCCACUUUCCUUCAGCUCUUGCUCCACUUUAGGCAUGUUAUACCUAGAUCUGAACUCCUUCCGUUCGCUAGAGACAUAGCACAGAGGUGUGAGGGUGGGGAGUCGUGGCUGGAUGUAUACAUUAGGAUGCUUGCAGCUCACUGCCAGCUGUCGGACUUUAAGGGACUUUCUGAAAGUGGACAAGUUGAAGCCUAUAAGUUCACUUCACAGAAUGAAGAGCGAGCAGCCAUCCUUUGUCAACAGCUCUCUCAUGUUACAGUGCCUCCUUCCCAGUUAACAGAUUCCACAAAUUUACCUGAAGCAAUUGAAAUAACAGAAGAAAUUGAGAGUGAGGAACCAAAUGUAGAAGAAAUGACUGAUUCAGCAUUGGAAUCAAAAGAAUUUCCUGAACCAUUGAAUACAGCCACAAAGACAAGCUUGAUGAAGCUGAGAGAAUGUUGGCAGAUGGAAUGUAUUGAUUUGCCAGAGGAAUUCAGUUUAUUUUACACAUCGACUCCUGAUCAGGUGGCUGAGUAUUGCCAGGUUUUGGACUUUGGGACCUUGACAGAAAAUGCCGUGGUAUGUGCUGGUCAGCAUUUGUUGACAGUCAGUGAAAAUAUGAGCCACAACAACAUUGUACAGUUUCUUCAGUCAGCUCUACUUAAAAAGCUUUCAGAGAAUAUUUCUAGACCAUUAUUAGGCUUAUUGAAGAAGAUGGGUGAAGAAAUUCCCAAACCACUGGUUGAUGGUAUAUUUGUGCCUCUUGUCAUGUCAACAGAUCAAAGUUCCUCAACAACUGAAAUCAUUUGCAAAAUAAUGAAAGAAUCAAUGCAAGCCAAAGAUCUGAUUCAUAUGGUUAGAAAACUUAACAGCAUCCAACAAGAGUUAACAGAAAGUCAUGUAUCUGUAUACCAAACACUUGUUGAGCUCAAGAUUCCAAUGGAAGGUGAAGAUUUGACCACAAUGUUGGAAACUCUUAAGAGAUCCUCAACAAAUUUUUCAAAAAACUUGAAAUUUGGAAAGCUGAUCCUUGCAACUGUUAAUAUAUAUGGAGAUCAGAUGGACAAGAAUCACAUAUCCACACUGCAUCAAAUACUUCAAAACCAUUCAUCUUUCUUGAAGAAGUCGAUAAAGUCAGCAGUGCAAAAACUCACAGUUUGAUAAAGGAUUUUUAUCAAAUUUAUCCAAACUUUAUUCCAAUGAUUGCUAGCUUGUCAUUCAUUUCAUGUUUACUUUAAAUAUGAUUAAACUUAUUUUGUCACAUGGUG